AAUUUCAGAUACUUUACGGCAGUUUGUACAGAUCUUCAAGUAUAGCUAGCUUCAGCUAGCUGAGCUGAAACGUUAUUGUAAUUAGACGUUUAAAUUGCCACUGUAUAUGUUCUGUGUUAAAUUACGGAGUUAUAAACAAACCCAAGGGUCGUCGUGUAGAAAUAAAGCCGACAUUUUUGGACAUUUACGGAAAUGGCCGCGUCCUCAUCAUCCUCCUCUGCUGGAGGUGUAAGCGGUAGCUCGGUUACAGGCUCUGGAUUCAGCGCCUCAGACCUCAUCCCUCCAAGGAAGGUUCUCUACACAUACCCUAAAGGAGCAGGAGAAAUGAUGGAAGAUGGAUCUGACAGAUUUUUGUGUGAAUCUGUGUUCAGCUACCAAGUUGCCUCCACAUUAAAGCAGGUUAAACAAGAUCAACAAGCAUCUAGAAUGGAGAAACUUGCAAGCCUCGUGGAGGAGCUAGAAGCAGACGAGUGGCGGUACAAACCAAUAGAGCAGCUUUUGGGAUUCACACCGUCCUAAAUAACGACCAUCGGAUGCCUUUAUGGGGGGAAACAGUCAGCCAAAAAGAAGUGUUUUAUUUGUCUCACAUGUCCUAUUUCUACCUGUAAGAGUUUACACUGUAACAUAAACUUUAAAGUUGUUUCAAAGUGUUGAGUUUAAGUUGCACUUUUGUUUUAUAUAUUUUUUUUUACCUUUUCGCAUUAAUGUGUAUCAUGAAACCAAAAUCCCUAUCAGCUUAACUCUUAUAACAAAAAUUGCAACCUUAAUUAAUAUUCAUAUUUAUAGAUUUUUCAUCCCAUUUAGAUGAAUAAAGCUCUUGAGAAAUGUA